AUGUGUUGCCCAUUCUACUUCAGCAAGGGUCAGCGUAAAUCGAUUAAACUGAACUAUCUGGGUCACAGUUAUGUGAAGUUCAUGGAGAAUAGUCGCGGCACCAAAUGGAUUUGUGCCACUCGCUCCACGACCAAGUGUCGGGCGCGUGUGCGCACCAAGGAUGCAGCAAUUGAGAUACUCCAUGGGGCCCAUAAUCACGAGGAGGCCAAAAGACGACGCGAACGCAUCAAGAAACCCAUCGAUUAAAGACACUCAAUAGUAAUUAAAGGUUAUCUUUAUUUUUAGUUGCAAUAAGAAAAUAUAUAUGUUGUAUGUAUAUGAUAAUAAGAAA